AUGCCCAAACCAUUCCUGCUGCUGUGUAUGGCCCUGGUGCUACUCGGGCCUAUCCAUGGAGACACACUGAGAAACAAAGAGCAGUGGAAGCCACUCAAGAACCCCAGAAACCGAGAUCUGUUUUUUAGAACUCUUCAGAAAUAUCUUAAGGGAAGAGGUCUUGAUCUUGAAAGGUUUCCAAGUACUUUGUCCCUGAACGAAGAAGCCAGACCUCUCUCUUUACAGUCAGACCUCCUCGCCUCUGCACUUGCCGAUUACGAAGAGCAAAAAAACUCCUUUCCCAAUUCCCUCGAGGGCUGAAUGUGUCUUCUGAGAGCAGGUACACAGUAGCCCUUUACUCUCCUACAUGCGGCUCAGUCACAAAGAGAUUCUGAACGUAUUCUUUGGGAAAUAAUUUUAUUUCCUCAUAGAAAUAAGUGCUUACUUUAGAAGAAACUCUAUACUGGUAAUAUUUGGAUUUGGUGCGGGUACUUCAUGUCUGGUUUUAAAAAGAAAUGAUAAUUAUGCCCU